AUGGAUAUGAUGGUGAUGAUUGACAAUAAUAAUGAUCUGUCAUUAAAUAAUACCAACCGAUCAUCAAAUAAUAAUCACAUUCCAAUAAUACAAGAACGUAAUCAAGAUGUUCCUCAAAUAAUUAGUCAAGAUGUUCCAGACGUUUCCCAAACAACUAGUCAUGAUGUUCCAGAUGUUCCUCAAAUAAUUAGUCAAGAUGUUCCAGAUGUUUCCCAAACAACUAGUCGUGAUGUUCCAGAUGUUCUUCAAAUAAUUAGUCAAGAUGUUCCAGAUGUUCUUCAAAUAAUUAGUCAAGAUGAUCUUCAAAUGGAGCUUGAUCAAGAUGUACAAGUACCUGAUGAUCAAGACAAUCAUCAAAUAGUAACUUAUCAAAAUGAACAUCAGAUAGUACAAGAAUCUAAUCAAGACUCUCGUAGAAAAAAAAAAUGGUCACAACAUGAGAUGAAUAUUAUCAUAGAAUUUAUCUUAGAUAAAAAAAUCAACAUUAGAAAACUUGCACAACAUCCAGACAUAUUAAAUCAUCUCAAUCCUGAUGAAAAUGACUGGCUUAAAAUAAAUGAGUUGAUUGAUGUUUUAUCACCGUUUUAUUCAGCAACAUUACUGCUUUCAUCAUCCAAUUAUUCUACAAUUGGAGAAUUUCAUUUUACGUUGUGGACACUAGUGAAAAACCUACAUAAACAAAUAGAAGUUAGCAAUACACAAUAUAUAGUAGCAAACUCAAUAUUAUAUAAAUUAGAACAAUAUUUCAAAUUACCUGAUGAAGCAAAAAUGAUAGCAUCAUUAUUGGAUCCUUCUACCAAAAGCACAACUUUUACAACUGAUGAAAUUACAAGAACAGUAACUGCAAUAAAACGUAAAUUAAUUCAUUACAACUCAAAUUUUAAUGUUAAUAAUAAUAAUUACAUCAACUAUCACCACCAAUAA